AUGUCGUCACUAAAGAGACUCCUCAACGAGGAGGAUGACGAGCUCCACUACCCCGACCUGUCUUCCAUGUCCCCUUACGGCUCCGUCCCGCCCUCGUACCAGGGCGACCAGGAGUACACCGGCUUCCACCCGCGCCAGACCCUGUUCCAGAGCCCCGACGCGUCCCAGGAGACGCCCGUGCUGGAGGACCUGGACUCCAUGGACGACGUCUUCAGCAACAUCCUGUUCCACUACACCGCCGGCCCCCAGCUGGGCGCCAUCGACUUCGGAGACGAGGCCGAGGCGCCGCCCUUUGACUUUGAAAACGCCCUCGAGACAUGGGGCAGGAACACCGCCGCCGUGUCCCCCGAGGCCUCCUCGUACACGUAUAGCACCCCCCAGCCGUCCCCCGGAGCGUCAUCGCAAGACUCCCUGCGCGUGACGCACUCGCCCUCGCUCAUACCCGAGUCCAGUGUCACCGGUUCCGACUACUACUUGUCUCCACGAGAUGAUGAGACGGACAAGGUCUGCUACGGCAUGCUCUACAAUGUAGACGUCAAGUUGAUAGGCGACAUGGGCGUUAUCGACACCAAGAUCCGCAACACCCACCACAAGGAAUCGAUACGCGCCCCCGGCCGGCCCGUCUACCAGCGCUUCACUCUCAGCGAGCAACAGGAACACGUCCUUCUCGCCUUUCGGGGGUCCGACGGCGGCGGCGGCAGCAGCAGCAGCAAUGACGACGGCGACGAGGCCACCGACUUCGGUUACCUCCGCUCCGGGACCGGCAAGACCCUCGGCGAGCUCCUGCGCGGCGGCGGCGUCGGCGACGACGGCCUCGAGUUCGAGCCCAUUGCCCAGACGACUGCCCUGCGCGAUACCAUCGGCCGCGCCAAGAAGCCCGUCGAGGCCAUGGUCAAGGUCGACAUCAACGUCUACGGCCCACGCGCCGCGGCGGCCAAGGUCGGCGGCAAGCUGUCGGACGGGAAGCUGUGGCUGCAGAAGCCGGACCACGCGCGCGCCGGCUUCCCCUACGAGAACCCGCAUGUGCUUGCCGUCCGCAAGUCCGAGCACGCGUCCGGGGAUGCGACGAUGACGACGGUGAGGCAGGUCCGCGGCGACGACGGGGACCCGUCAUCGCCGUCGGGACGCCAGCCGCGCGAGGAGAGGCUUCGGCUCAUGAUGAUGGAGGUGUACGACUCGAUACAGAAGAAGCGGCACCUCCGCCGCGAGGACGGCGUCCAGGGGCUCAAGCACGAGCUGCAAGAGUUCCGCCACAAAAUCACCAACAUCAAGCAGAAAAGCCAGCCGGACGAGCGAGGCGGCGGCAUCCUGGCCGACGAGAUGGGCAUGGGCAAGUCCCUGUCCAUCCUCUCGCUGGUCGUGACGACGUUGCAGAAUGGCCAGCAGUGGGCUCAACAGGAGGAGCAGAGCAAACAAAAGAACCAGGAGCUGUGCUACUCCGGCUCGACCCUGGUGGUUGUAUCGUCUGCUCUCCUUAUCUACGAGUGGAAGAACGAGAUUGCCAAACACGUACAGGGGAAUCUGAACCAGAUCCAAUAUCACGGCCCGAAACGCGAAAAGGACAUUGACAAGAUUAAGAACUCCAACAUCGUCGUGACCACCUACAACACCCUGGCGGCGGAGUACGAGAAGAAGUCGUCCAUCCUGCACAAAAUUGGAUGGUACCGAGUUGUUCUCGACGAAGCCCAUGUCAUCCGCCGCCCGGCCACGACCUUUUUCCACGCCUGCCGAUCCCUCCACGCAAACUCGCGCUGGUGCCUCACGGGGACGCCGAUCCAGAACAAGCUGGCCGACAUCGGCGCCCUCUUCGCCUUCAUCCGCGCCAAGCCCUUUGACGAGCCCGCCAUGUUCCGCCGGUACAUCGAGGUGCCCUUUGAGCAGAACGGCGACGCCAGGAAGAUCAAGGAGCGCCUCAUCCUGCUCCUCGACUCGCUGUGCCUGCGGCGCACCAAGGAGCUCCUCGCGCUGCCCGGGCUCGAGGAGCGCGUCAAGGAGCUCGCCUUCACGCCGGCCGAGCGCGAGCAGUACGACAAGACGAAGCGGAUCCUCAUGCGCACUAUCAAGCAGAAGGUCGGCGAGGUCGAGAAGAGCUCCAAGUUCGGCCUGUUCCAGGCGAACCUGCAGAUGCGCAUCCUGUGCAACCACGGCACGUACCAGAAGCCCUUCUCGUGGUCGCGCCGCAGCCACCGGCUGAGCCGUCUCGAGGAGCGCGAGGCCGCCGUCUCGGCCCUGGGCCGCAACGCCGAGAUCACCUGCGACGGCUGCCACCAGCCCAUGCCCAUCCUCGGCUCGAGCCGGCUGCGCAACGAGGCCGAGGAGCAGUGCGCCCACGUCCUCUGCUCCGAGUGCCUGGAGGAGUCGGACAUGUCGGCGCCGGGGGAUCCGACGAGGAGGCGGCACUGUCCCGUGUGCGAGAACUGGAUGAGGACGGCGGCCAGGUCGCAGCAGGCGGCGGCGUCGGCUGCUCCGGCGGCGGCGUCCCCGUUGAUCCGAGUCGACGGCCCCGGCGGCGUGUCUGGCGACGUGGAAAUGGUUGACGCGCCGGCGGCCAAGACGUCGGCGGAUAAAGACGACGAGCUGUACUUCAACCACAUCGGGUAUUCGACCAAGAUGGAAGCCUUGAUCAGGGAUGUCAAGGAGGAUGUCUGGACCACCAAGAGUAUCGUCUUCUCGUGCUGGACGAGGACGCUGCACCUGGUCGGCAUGCAUCUUCAGAGGGCCGGCGUCCGGUUCGACAUGAUUGACGGCAACUGUCCGUUGUCGGAGAGGCAGAAGAUCCUCGAGAAGUUCGCCAAGGAGGACGGCGUGCGGGUGCUCAUCAUGACAACCGGCACCGGGGCCUUUGGCCUCAACCUCACCUGCGCCAACCGCGUCUUCAUUGUCGAGCUGCAAUGGAACCCCAGCGUCGAGAACCAGGCCAUCGCCCGCGCCAUCCGGUUCGGCCAGGACCAGAAGGUCCUCGUCACGAGAUAUGUCAUCAAGGGGACUGUGGAAGAGGAGAUGAGAUCACAGCAGAACGUGAAGAAGAGCCUCGCGGCGAUCGGGUUCGACGAACAGGUCUGCGAUGCAGACGAGAUGGACCAGUCGCACGCGUAG